UGAGUCACAUUUACCAGAACACAUCGGCUCCAUUUCCUGCACUGGCGUCCACAUGGAUUUCACAAUCAUGAACUCACAUGGAGUUUCAAAGUGUGUGCUUCACCAAAGAAGGAAUCCGACUUUCACCCACUCUGAGUGGAUGCUUCUCAGCACGGCUGCUGCAGCGCUCGGCUGAGUUCACGAAGGAAUAAACUGUCCUACGCAGGAGGAUUAUCAUGAUCACAUGGUUGUUACUGCUCUCACUCUUCAGGAUAAGUACACAAGAUGGAGAAGAAAACGGGGUUUUGCGUUGUGGACCUCAGAACGUGACCCUCAGCAGCGACGAUCAGACACUGCUGCUGACGUGGGGCGAUGGCCCUUCGUGCUCUGAGGUACGAGACGGGCUCGUGUACGAGCUGGAGGUUCUCGUAGCAGACAAACCUGAACACACGGAUGAAGUUGCUGUGACACCUGCACAGAUGGGAUCGACUCAUUCCUGGAAAUGGACUUCCUAUUUGCCGCUGCAGUGCGCUUCCCAUUCAGUCCGGCUCAGGUCCCAAUACAACAACCAAUCGAGCCCAUGGAUGCAGAAGACUCUUCCUGGGAUACAAGAACAGGAUAUCAGAAUUUUUCCAGAGGACCAAAUACGUGAAGUGAACAGCACAGUGACCUUCUGCUGCAUUGUGCCAAAGGGGAAAAGUUUCAGUAGAAUGUAUCUAAAGCGGUAUGAAGGCACCAUUAUAAACACUAAAAAGAUCAGUGAACAUGUGCACACCCUGACUGUGCAUCUGGACCAAGAAUCAGAAAACUGGAGCGAUGUAAUAUGUAAUACAACAACAGGAAACAGCAGUGGAGUCUGUUUCCACGCCGGCUACCCCCCUGGAGAAAGUGAUCUUCAGUGUGAAACCCGGGAUCUGGACUCCAUCGACUGUGUGUGGAAUGUUGGAAAGAAAACAAAUGAAUAUCCCUUAAUAGCUCGAAAAUAUCAUCUAGAAGGAAGGCUAUGCAAUGAUGUUAAAUCAGGUAAAUGCUCACAAAAACUGCCGGUGGAGGCUGGUGAGAGGAACUGGACCUUAACUGUAGAAAAUCCGCUGGGGAAGUUGGAGCUCCAUGACACGGCAGACUUGACCAGAAGAGUACACAUGCUCGCUCCACAGGACGUGGUGGCUUCGACUGUGAAUGCCAGAAACCUCAGCCUGAAAUGGAGCUGGACCGUGCAGAAGUACAGUCACCUCAACCUCACAUGCCAAGUAGACGUCAGAGAUCGAGAAGCUAAUGCCACAACUGAAAACUUUGGAGUCGGCCUCACGGCUGCAGUUAUCAACAGCUUGAGACCUUUCUGGGACUAUAACGUGAGGGUCCGAUGUGGAACAGCACAGCAUUUCUGGAAAUGGGGGGAUUGGAGUCCAAGUGUCACAAUCCGCACAAAGCGUGAUGUUCCAGAUGCUCUCGAUGUGUGGAUGAAGGUGAAGGAUGACCGGACUGUGAUCACCUGGAAGAAGCCACUGGCCAGUCAGAGCCAUGGAGACAUCUUGGGCUACGAAGUAGCCUGGGCAAAGACCAAAGAGAAAAAUCAACCAAACAAAACUGAAGUGCCCAGCAGCAAUUACAGUCUUGCACUCCAGCUGGACCCCAGUGAGGACUACACCAUCAUGGUCACAGCUAGGAACAUAAACGGCAGCUCCCUCCCGUCGACCAUCACCGUUCCUCGCCGCAAUCCAGUUUCAGAUAAACCCAAGGUGAACACCUCUUGGAUCAAUGGCAGCAAUGGUGGCUUCACCCUGUCCUGGUCUCACAGUCCUGAUGCUACCUGCGGCUACAUCGUGGACUGGUGUCCAGCCUUCGGCGAUUGCACCGUGGAGUGGCUGAAAGUGCCUCCUAAUAGGACUAAUGCCAGAAUACUUUCAGAGAACUUUAAAGAUGGACUGAGGUACCUGCUGUCCAUCUCUGCCUGCACCGAGGGAGCGCCGAUGCUGCUCCACAGAAGAGAGGGCUACAUCAGAGAGACCAAAAUUGAGGGCGAGCUGUUUAAACUGCAUGUCGAUCCGAAGGUCUCGGAUGUUGAGGUAUCCUGGGACCCCAUACCUCUGGAAAAGCAGACCGCUGCCAUCCAAGGAUAUGUUCUCUACUACUACGACAGCGGGAGCAUUUUUAACAUGAGCACAGAGAAUCCCGAAGCCACCAGACUGACUGCAAAGAACCUGAACAUCAGUACGUACACCUUCACGCUGACGGCUCAAACAGCACUUGGACUUUGUGGCAAUUCAUCCACCAGCAUCACCUUGAAUCCCUCAGCUGACAACUUGAUCAUGCUGAUCUUGAUAUCCCUGGUAGCAGUUUUUAUUGUUCUGUCCACCAUCACCAUCCUCUGCUACAAACACUGGGCGUGAUUCACUCAUGCAGCCCACCUCCUCCCCAUCUCUACCUCACCAACACACUCAGUGCUCCAUCUCAAGUCUCCAUCUUUGUCUUCACCACCACACUAGCAUCAAGGCUCCGGGGGGGUCCCGGUCUGAUUCCUGUUGCUGCCAUCCUGCUUUGAUGGACCAUCGGAGUCUAAUCGCCUAAUAGCUUAACUGAAUUCUGUAUAUCAAUAAAUCUCGUUCAAUUCGUCCUAAUCAUCUCUCCUUAGUGAACUGUAUUUACUUAGCAAGAGAGCUGGAAAUGUGUCCUGCACAUGCUAAAUUUUUAUUUAGCAUGUGCAGGAAUAAGAACAGGCUCAACAGCUACAGCUCUGUCAGCAUCCACAGUUUCAUUUUAAGCUUUAAUACAGCUCAAACGAGUGAGCUGAGUAAAAACUCCUCCUGUGAACAGUUUUUAAAAAAGGUCAAACUAUUGAUAGAGACCAAAACGUUUCUUUGUAUCAGGCUGUAAACACGUUUAUUUUUGCUGUAAAUUUAGACUUUUUAACAUGGGAGUCUAGGAGAACUCACUUUUUGGAGCCACCCUCUAGUGGACAUUAGAUGAACUGCAGUUUUUCCACACUGGUACGCCGGCUCGUUUUUAUUGGCCUCAUUAUCAUCAGUUGCACAGUCACCCCCACCUCCUCCAGGUCAUCUCUAAGUGAGCCGAGCUCCCUCCUAUGCUGGAACAUGUCCAGUCACCUUUGAACCCGUAAACUUUUGGCCACCACGGUACGUGCUGAAAGGUCCCCCGCACAGAUCUUUCCACUCAGUGUUCCAUACAGUAAUGAAGCCUGGAGCUUUUAUGUGGUUGUUAUGUUUUUGUAUUUGAAACAUGUGCGGAUUAAAGUGGCUCUCUGUUUUGGAUGUUUCACAAUCAACGUCAUUUCAAAUAUGAGGAGUUAACCCUUCCAGCCCCCUCUCCUCCCCCCUCGCCUCCUCUCCGGUCUCCUGCACCGUCUGAUGUCAUCACGCCUGUUUGCUCAGAUGAUGUCAUGCUCCCUGAUCGUUUUCAGAUGUUUCUGAGUUUUUUCUCCCCCCAUUACAUUCCAGUGAACUCGACCCGAGCAGCCAACUGUCCUCAGAGGGAAAUCAGUUUCACUCAGUGCUCUUCGUGUUUUCUCCAACUUUCUGGAGGGUUUUGGUCCCCGCGUGACCAGCAGAUACUCCAGGAAGUCCCCGCAUAAUCUUUCAAAAGCAGCAAAUUAAAUGAAGUGCAUCCCUUAGACUUAGACCACACUCUGUGGCGCCUUCAUCACGCCAUCAUGUUCGGUUAGUCAUAUGUGGAAACUGGGGUCGACCCGGGGUCAUCAUUGAGGUAAAAGUUUAGGUCCCUUCCACGCUUCGCCUGCUUAAAAACCAACAGGAAGUGACUGUAGGUUUAGUCACUGUGGUCAAAUCUUACUUUUACAUCCUUUCUGAGGUCAGGAUGACUACAUAACAUGCGCUGCUGUAUUAUAAUUAUAAUAUCUGAACCUCUUAAAUCUCUUCACCAACAAAUAUCAAAUUUUAAUAAGAAAAAUGCUAAAACACUGAAACUAAUCAGAACGUAACUAAAACUAAAAACUGUGACAGCUUACACCGACUCCUUCACAUCACUGUGGAGGAAGUCUGGUCUGCUCUUCUUUGCAUGCUGUUUCAGUUCGGCCACAUUGGAGGGUUUUCAAGCAUCUCAAUCUGAUUUAAGUCCAGACUUCGGCCACUCCAAAACCUUCAUUCUGGUGUCUUUGAGGCAUUCAGAGGUGGACCGGCCGGUGUGUUUCAGAUCGUGGUCCUGCUGCAUAACUGAUGUGCUCUUGAGCUUCAGUGUUCUCCUUCAGGAAUUCAUGGUUCCAUCAUUUUCAGCAAAGCAGCCCCAGACCAUCACACUCGCACCUCCAUGUCUGAUGUUCUUUAUGAACCCCUGCGUUAGUUUCUGCAGAUGUAACGGGACUCAAACCUUCUAGAAAGUUCAGCUUCUGUCUCGUCGGUCCACAGAAUAUUUUCCCAGAAGUCUCGGGGAUCAUCCAGAUGUUUGUUGGCAGAUGUGAGACAAGCCUUUGUGUUCUUGUUGGUCAGCAGUGGUUUGCUCCCAUGAAGGCCAUCUUUGAAUCAUGAACUCUGACCUUAACUGAGCCAAGUGAGGCCUGCAGUUCUUUAGAUGUUCUGGGUUCUUCUGUGACCUCCUGGAUGAGUCCUCAAUGUUCUUGGAGUAAUUUUGGUAGGCAGCUGCUCCUGGGAAGGUUCCCCACUGUUCCAAAUGUUCUCCAUGUGUGAACCAUGGAUCUCACCGUGGUUCUCUGGAGUCCCAAAGCGUCAGAAAUGUCUCUGUAACCCUUUCAGACUGAUAGAUGUCACUGACUUUGUUCCUCACCAUUUAAAACCUGCAUCUUAUCUUUGUUGUUUGAUCAGUGACAGAGAUAAAUAUUUAAAUCCACAGUAAACAUUUGUGUUAUAAAAUGUUCUGUAUGUGUGUGUCUGCUGCUCCACCUACGGUAAGAACAGCACUUACUCUGCCUGCCAAAGUAAACACACUGAUCUGUCCUCACACACACACACACACAGGCUGAAUAUUUUGAGGAUCAAUCGUGUUUACGUAUCAACAGAAACAGAUUAAAGCAGAAUUUGAUCAUAUUUCGUAUGACUGCUGGUCCUGUGUUUGUUCCCACUGAGCUCAGAGGGAUCUUUGAGGGAUCUUUCAGACUGAUUUUCCUGGCAGAGUGAAGAAUUCUUUAAAAUUACAUUUAGACCUGCAUGGAGGGGGAUACAAUUACAUAAUGUUAAAAAUAAAUUAAAGGGGAAAUCAACAGUUCAAGCAGCUCGCUGUCUUUGUGAUUGCAGACUUGCUUACUUUCCAAAAUUAAAUUAUGGAUAAAUGACCGAAAUGCAAAAUAAACACACUUGGAUACUGAGAGCUUACCUGAAAAUGUUAGAAACAUGUAAUUCUUCCAAAGGCUGCUGAGCUGAAAAUAAAUAAUCUAUGAAGACGUACCAUAGGGUGGCUAAUUCAGGGGUGUCAAACAUGCGGCCCGUGGCCUAGAACUGGCCCAGCAAAGGGUCAAAUCUGACCCACUUCCUGGGUUUUGGGCUAUGUUCACACUGCAGCCUGAAGUGACCCAAUUCAGAUUUUUUUUUUGCCUUUAUGCGACCUGUAUCCGAUCUUUUCAU